ACUUUUGGAUUUGGGCAUAUAAAAAGCAUUUGAAAUACUUUUGCCAACUAGUAUUCUAAGAUAUUUCAGAGGCAAAAAAACUCAUUAAAAUGCACCGUUUCAUUUGCGUCUUCGUUUCCGUUCUUGCUGUUGUGAAUGCGGCUCCUUAUGGCGGCAGCGGCGGUUAUGCUGCGCCACGUCCAGCGCCUGCCCACCGCGAAGCCAUUGUCCACCCUGUAGAGAAAAGCGUUGAAUAUCACAUUCCUGCCCCAUCGCAUUGGGUUUCAGGAUCUGCUGCACCGGCGGGUCCACAAGUCUCCCCAGUUAAUGCCUACUCUAUCUCAGGAAGUGGUAUGCCUUCAUCGUUGGUUGGCAUUUCGUCCAAGCCAAGUGCCAUUGCUAGUGCUGCUUCUGCUAAUGUGCCUUUGGGUGGUGGUUCUUAUAAACUCUUGGUUGUUCCUUGCUUCAAAAUCUCAGAUGAUGCCGUGGGACCUGAGCCAGCGGUUCAUGGCCGUUCUCAUAAUGGCGGCAACUCUGGUGGCAACGCUGGGGGCAACGCUUAUGGCAGCUCUGGUGGCUAUUGAUUCUAAGGAUUCUCAAAACUUGAAAUUGACAAAGAAACGUUUAACUUAAAUACACGCUCUGGAAGCAAAGUCCUUAAUUUAUGAAA